AUGGGAAAGGAAAAUAGAAGAGAGGGGAAAAGAGGGUUAAGUAGUAUUGAUAGGAUUAGUGAUACUGCUGGAGCUAGUAUGGGUAGUGAUUAUGAAAAGAAAGACAAAAAGUUUGAUUUUAAGAAGAAGAGUCUACCGGAUGGAGAGAGUGCUUAA